UUGAUUUCAUACGCCGAUCGGUCUGUGACGCGCCGCAUGAUGUCAAACACACAGACUAACCAAAGAGGGAAUGAGCGAGGUUAGUCAAAUGCUCGCGAAUUUAUUAGAUCAAUUUAGGUUUAAAUGGAAAAAGCAUAACGAGACAAUGCAAGAAACGAACGCGUCCCACAGAGGUGAAAGUGACUGGCAAGGUUUAGUAAAUGAGUUCUUGAUAUGCAAACAUAAGCUGGAGAGCAAGAAAGAGGCUCUUCUCAUUUUGUCCAAAGAGCUGGACACUUGUCAACAGGAGAGAGAUCAGUACAAGCUGAUGGCCAACCAGCUUCGAGAGAGACACCAGGGUUUAAAGAAGAAAUACAGAGAACUAAUUGAUGGUGAACCUUCACUUCCGCCGGAAAAGCGCAAACAGGUAAAUUUGGCCCAGUUGUUAAUGGACUCACGGGAGAGAAAUAAGCAGCUAGCUGAUGAAAUAAAAGAGCUGAACCAGAGACUAACUGAGAUCCAGGGAGACAAUAAGCUUUUAAGGAUGACAAUUACAAAGCAGCGUCUUGGGGAUGAAGAAGCUUGGGUCAGACACUUCCCGUCUCAUGAGCGUGAAGAUUUGGUUAGGCAACUUGAACAGGCAGCCCUGCAGAGGGAAGAGCUUGAGCACAGUCUGAAGACGGUAAGCGAUGAGCUCCAGGACAUGAAGGCAGAGGCAACUGAGUUUAAGGAGAAAGCCGAACGCCUUAACCGUGAGCUGAACCAUGUUUUGGGUGGCCAGGAGAAUCGCAUCAUUGAUGUGGAUGUCCUCUGCAUGGAGAACAGAUAUUUGCACGAAAGAUUAAAACAUGUUCAGGAGGAGAUCCGACUGAUGAAGUGUAAUUUACAGAAAUAUAAGACGGCUCUGGAUCGAAGAAACUUAAAAAUAGAUGGCAAGUCCAAGUCCAACAGUAGUGUGCUAACUGGAGUCCUUUAUCCUAAACAAGUGCAGAAGUUGUUGUCGGAGGAUCACGGCUGCAGUUUACCAGCCACACCUCAGUCUCUCUCAGACCUGAAGUCUUUAGCAAUGGCCUUACUGGAGACCAUUGAAGAGAAGAACAUUAUCAAUCACCACCAAAAACAGACCAACAGAAUUCUGGGAAGUCGAAUUUCUGAUUUAGAAAGGAAGCUGAAGACUCUGGAAGUUUCUGGAUUUUGGAGUGUACCAGGAGCUGAAGAUGCCAUCACACUGACUGAGAGCCAAAGCUCCACCCCUCUCUCCUCUCUCGGCCUUUCACAUCAGCCAGAAGCCCCAAAAACAACUAACCUGCAACCUUCUGCAGAUGACAGGACAGGAAGAGGAGGGCCAUUGCUAUGGGAGCAGGACACAGCUGGCAAUGACAGCUUCCCAAACAUGUGGCGUGUCUCCCGCCCCUGUCCAGAUGGAGGCGGAGAAGAGGUGGACGCACCUGUCACCCCUGACAACAGGGAAGAGAUCAUCUUGUGUGGGACACAAAUUGUGAGACAGACUAAUGAGCAGGUCAGGACUGAGGUGAAGGAAAGUACUGUGGAAAAGCUGGGCCACCCAACUGUGGAAGACGGUGGAAUUUUGGGAGAUGUAAAUCCGGGGAUCGCCAUCUGAUAGAAAAGAUGCAAAAACUGCAAGGGGCCAAUCUAUUGGUCAAUCAAGCACAAAGACGUUGAGUUAAUCGUAAAACAGAUUAAAAUAUGCAAAAUAAAUAAAAAAAAGCUAAAUUCUUGUUUCAUACCUUUUGAUUUUAUUCCCUGAAAAUACUAAUGAAGAAAUAUAGCGCCCUUGUUUACAUUUGUUUGUUCUUUACAUUAUGUAGGAUGAUUUUAUGUACAAAUUUAUUCAGCUGGGUUUCAAAUGUUUUCUUUCUUUUUUAUGCUACGUUUAUGCAUACUUGCACUUCUCAGAGUGGACUCAGCUGGCAGCUGGCUUCUUAGUGCAAAUGCAACAUAAAAACAAACAUCUGUACUUCUUGCCCUGUAAAGGUUUUUUCUUCCAUAUAGCAAUAUUCACAUACAGACAAACUGGGCGGCAUGUUGCCAGAUAAACAUUAGCAGUGAGGGAAUGACUUUUUGGAAACAGAUGGGUGUUGGAGCUAACAGAGUUAUGAGGCUAAUAGACUGCAAGGUGAGGUUAUCCGAUUUACCCAUUCACCAGCUCAACAGUGAUGAAUAAUUGAUGACGGCCCGUUGAAUUAUACAAAAAUAAUCCACACCCAAGGUGGUAAUGUGGCAUGACGUGAAGCAGAGGUGUGCACCAUUGGUGUGCAUUAUUUUAAAAUAAUUCAAAGGACCGGAGUCAAUUAUUUCUCUUAUACCACGGUUACAACAGACAUUACUCUGGUGGUUAUUUUAAGACAUUUGACAGGACAGGUGCUGGUUUUCAAAAAAAAAAAAAAAAUGCAUACGCCAGGGCUCCAGAAUGCAUUUUGCCACCAAAAUUUGAGAGUGUGCCACUGAAUUUAACAUCCAGUCGCACAUGUCCGACCAGUAAAUUUGACCUUUUUUUCUGAUGUGACGUGAAUUUGAAACAACACAUUGUACUUUCUGCAUCUAUCAUUAAAGUAUUUAUAAGUAAUACAGUGGAAAUUUGUAGAAAUGUGAUUAUUUUGUUAGCAUGUUCAUUUACGGUGUGUGCCCCUAAAUUUUUUGGUUGCGCCCCUAAAAUUUUCAGUUGGGGGCCACUGUGCUCCUAGUAAAAAAAGUUAGUCUGGAGCCCACCUGUGGAACAUUUCUCAACCAGUCAGAAUAAAGCA